GGAAUUUCGUACCCUUGUCUCCGAGUCAGACAUCGGUUUGUCCAACGAGAGUGCUCUGCAGGAUCUGGCAGCCCUGCGACUUCAUCAGUCCCACUCCGCCGUCACCCAGCAGCAGCAGCCCCCGGAAAUGUGGUAUGAGACCCGAGUGGAACCCUUCU